AUGAUGAUGAUGAUGAUGAUGAUGAUGAUGAUGAUGAUGAUGAUGAUGAUGAUGAUGAUGAUGAUGAUGAUGAUGAUGAUGAUGAUGAUGAUGAUGAUGAUGAUGAUGAUGAUGAUGAUGAUGAUGAUGAUGAUGAUGAUGAUGAUGAUGAUGAUGAUGAUGAUGAUGAUGAUGAUGAUGAUGAUGAUGAUGAUGAUGAUGAUGAUGAUGAUGAUGAUGAUGAUGAUGAUGAUGAUGAUGAUGAUGAUGAUGAUGAUGAUGAUGAUGAUGAUGAUGAUGAUGAUGAUGAUGAUGAUGAUGAUGAUGAUGAUGAUGAUGAUGAUGAUGAUGAUGAUGAUGAUGAUGAUGAUGAUGAUGAUGAUGAUGAUGAUGAUGAUGAUGAUGAUGAUGAUGAUGAUGAUGAUGAUGAUGAUGAUGAUGAUGAUGAUGAUGAUGAUGAUGAUGAUGAUGAUGAUGAUGAUGAUGAUGAUGAUGAUGAUGAUGAUGAUGAUGAUAGCAUUUUAG